UGUUUUCGAAAAUUCUGCGCUCGGAAUCUUCAGAUGGCUGUGGAUGUUGUGUAUGCGAUUAUCUAGUUACUGUUUUGUUCCUAUGGAUAUGUACCUUUGCUAUGCCUCUUCAUGUAGAUCCACGUAAACACGAACUUCUGGAAGCUAGAAUUCAGGGAACUAACCAUAUUAGGUCAACCAAUAAUGCGCCUCGCUCCACAAAGUCUAAUUCGUAUGCUUCUGGAUAUAUGUUUCCAAUAACAGAAGAACCUUCCGGCACUCCAGAACACUCAGUUUUACGUGGUUCUUCCAGUCCAUUCAGUUCAGUCGGUGAACAUGACCUAAGUACUAGUAGCAGUGAGAUUAAGCCGGUUUCCACAGUAGUUCCUUCGAUAUCAGUUGAAAUCAAUGAAAGAAUUCCGAAUGCAACAGAUCCAGGCAAAAAGUUGCAUAACCCGAAUUGCCAUAACAGUAAUCGACUGGAGGUCACUAGUCCGGGUCUUAAUGUUCAAAAUCCUCAGAUCUACGUUCAGACGCAAGAAGAUUAUGUGACUUCACCUACGACUCCAAAAAAAAAGAGAAUCCCUUCAAGUUCUGUAGGAGAGUCUGACAACACAUCAAAUGACGGUCUUCUUACUUCCCUCGUAAAAUCGGACGAUAAGUUGAUAGAAGCUUCGGCUCCUGGUAUCCCAGCAAAUCCUCUUGGUUCGCCCCAAGGCCUGCAGUAUGUUUCAAGGUCGAACUCUAUUCAUACCCCAACCACUGUUGCGGGCAACAGUCCUGUGAAACAACCCUAUACAUUUGUAGAGGAAAAAAAUGCUCCAUAUCCCACAUUCCAAAUUUCCGUCCAACCAUCCGCAGCAUUUAUCGAAACAAACAAUCCUACAUACCACCUAUCUCCUUCGAUAGGACCACAUACUCCAACUCCUGGUGGACAAGGUGAUUCGUUGACAUCCCGAAACGGCACAAAGAAACGGCGAAAAUUAGUGAGUUCUGAUGAAGGUCAUACACCGAAACCUAAAAAAAUGGUUUGCCAAGAACGUGGUUCAAAGCGUAUCGAUGAAAUCUUUAAAUUCAUGCCUGGGCCAUUAUAUUCAUCCUGUGGUUCAACCAGUCCGACACAAAAUCCUCGCCUACAGAGUCCUUCCCCUACAGGUGCCCAUUCUCUUGAUAAUCAAAUGGUUGGAGUAAACCAUAAUUACAUCCCGUCGCUAAAUGAAGCUGUCACUACGAGCUGCGCAAGCAACGAUCAAAUGAUUAUUACGUCAGUAACAGGAAUUCAGUAUGCAAAUAAUGCACCUACUUUCCAGUUGUCACCUGUCCGUGCCAGCAGUACAGCAAGUUUAAGUGAUAGCUCCGGUGACAAUCCUGUAUCGAUGGUUGGGUUAAGUAUGGUUGCGAAUGUAAACGCGAAUCCAACUUCUUGUACAAUACCCUGCAAUGCUAAUCUAUUGCCUACUUAUUCUAACCUUCAGCUACCUGCUAAUCUUAAUUCAUCAUAUCCUCAAGUUGGACAACCUAGUGUUGGCUAUCUAAGCUCUGGAUCCUGUCCUAAUAAUCCCAUGACAUCAAAUAUUCCAGCCGUUUCUGAGUCACCCACAAACAACUUCAGAUCUCAUGUCGGGGUGCAAACAGAUGAAACUGUCACUCCACCGCCAAUUGCCGAAUGUGUGGAAGGUUCACAAUGCACAAACAUCACUACUUUGCAUAAUAAUCCUCCCUUAGUUACAACCGGUGGACCUGCUUCAUCUGUUCCAUUAACUGCAGUUGAGAGUCUUCAGCGUCGAAUAGCUGAUUUAGAACACGAAACUGUUGUUCAACGAGAGACCAUCACAAAAUUACAAGAUAAUGCCAUUCGUUCCCGCGAAAUGAUACGCGAAUUGCUGAUUGAAAAAAGUUUACUCGAAAGAAAGACUACACGUCAAAAAGUUAUGGAAAACCGUUUACGGUUAGGUCAAUUUAUCACCCAAAGACAGGGUGCUCAUUUUGAAGAGAAAUGGAUCGAAGGUUCGAGAUUUAAGGAAUUAGAUCAGCGCCGUAAGAAUAUUGAACUUGUUCGUGAAGAGAUUGAACGUAAAAAAAAACAAUGGAACAAGCGUAAACCAAAUGUUGGGGAUACUAAAAAGAGUACUAAAUCUAAAUACGAUGAAGUCUCUGUGGAUGAAUUUUAUGAACAAUUAGAAAUUUAUGAUUUACGUAAACAGAUGCUUGUUAAAGAAGAUAAAGAAAUUCAAAUGGAAUUAGAACGAUUAGAUCGAGAAAGAAAUUUGCAUAUUAGAGAAAUUAAACGAAUUUCUAAUGAAGAUGCAUCUCGUUUUAAAGAUCAUCCAUUACUGAAUGAACGAUAUCUUUUGCUCAAUUUACUGGGUAAAGGUGGAUUCUCGGAAGUUCACAAGGGUUUUGAUCUCGUAGCUAAUCGAUAUGUUGCUUGUAAAAUUCAUCAGCUUAAUCCUUCUUGGCCUAAAGAUAAAAAAGAUAACUACAUUAAGCAUGCGUUAAGAGAGAUUGAGAUUCACAAAACGUUACAUCAUCCGAGGAUAGUAAAAGUAUUCGAUGUGUUUGAUAUCGAUCAUGAUGCAUUUUGUACUGUACUUGAAUACAGUGAAGGUAAUGACUUAGAUUUCUUUCUUAAACAAAACAAAAGUAUUCCGGAACGUGAAGCCAAGUCGAUUAUAUGCCAAGUGGUUUCUGCUUUGAAAUAUUUAAAUGAACGUAAACCUCCUGUAAUUCAUUAUGACUUGAAACCAGGUAAUAUUUUACUGGGUUCCGGCCAAGUUGCUGGUGAAAUCAAAAUCACGGAUUUUGGUUUAAGUAAACUUAUGACAGAAGAUAAAUACAAUCCAGAGACUGGAAUGGAUUUAACCUCCCAAGGAGCAGGCACUUAUUGGUACUUACCACCGGAAUGUUUUGAGACAGGGCGGGAACCUCCAAAAAUAUCUUCAAAAGUUGAUAUAUGGUCUGUUGGUGUAAUUUUCUUUCAGUGUUUGUUUGGAAAAAAAGUUAGUUUUCUGUAAUUUCCCACUUAUUUUCAACAAGUUAUUAUUGUUCUUAAAAACUAAUUAAUUAUUUUACAUUUAUACUGCCUACCUUUUCUCUAACUACUACAUUUUAGGUACAGCAUUAUCUUUCCAUCGGAUAACUUAGCUUGAAGAAAUGGUCAGUUGCCAAACAGUUGAAGGCCAAGAAAGACUCGAUAGCUAAACAGAAAAGUUUUAAAAUUGAGUUAAAACUCCCAUAAACCACGUAUUUAAGUAUAGCCAUUUAUUUACUAGUAAUGAUAAGCCUUGGAAUAAAUCCUUGCAGUCCUACUGUUUAAUUGGUGACCAAUCAUAUCGAUAUAACAUAGUUAUAGCAGCGAUAUCAUUGAAUAAUCAUCUCUAAGUCGCUAGUCGAUCGAAGUUGAGUUCUGAUAAUCGUCUAAUGUGUCGUAUUUGUCACGAAACGGGAUGCGAUUCUCUUCCUCGAAAUGCAAAAUGUUGCUUCAGGAUUGGGUUACAUCGACACCCGAACUAGUGAUAGGGAGUGAAGUAGUUGAGUGUGUCGACCGCUUCACUUAUCUUGGAAGUCUCAUCAGCCCUUGUGGUCUGGUUUGUGACGAAAUCUCAGCAUGGAUACAGAAGGCUCGACUAGCUUUUGCCAACUUGCGUCAUUUAUGGCGUAGGCGAGAUAUCCGUCUAUCAACCAAAGGACGGGUUUACUGCGCAGCAGUACGUCCCGUCCUACUUUAUGGCAGUGAAACAUGGCCGGUAAGAGUAGAGGAUAUUCGUAGGUUACUAGUAUUCGAUCAUAGGUGUCUUCGAAACAUUGCUCGUAUAUCAUGGGACCAUCGAGUAAGUAAUGCAGUUGUUAGGAAACGGGUACUAGGUAAGGAUGGAAAAUCAAUUGGUGAAGUAGUGAAACUUCAUCAGUUGAGAUGGCUGGGACACGUGUUACGUAUGCUCAACGACCGACUGCCUCGACGUGCGAUGUUCAGUGGUAUAGGAAUAGGUUGGAAGAAAGCUAGGGGCGGCCAGACCAAAACAUGGCACAAGUCCAUGAAGUCACUGACAAGUGGUCUGAGUCAUGUUGAUAGGUGUAGACUACCUGGUUGGGGACCGCGAGAUGAUAGCAACCGAUGGUUAGAGACCCUGAAUGACAUGGCUCAAAAUCGUUUGCAUUGGCGAAGGUGCAUCCACUCUUUGUGUUCUCCCAAAUUCUAAUCUUCUGAAUUCUUCAUGUCCCCUUCUUUUUUCGUCUUUCUAAAUUUAUUUCACUGAAUUAUACUCUUUAAAUAACAUUUCCAAACCCUAAUCUUCCCGAUCACUGCUUACACUCUUGCUACCUCCACCACAAUGGGAUUUGAAUCGACAACUGCAUCUCUGUGUUAAGGUGGUGUGGCAACUCGAACUGAUGUACGUACGUACGAAGUUCUACGUUGUUACUGACUGACUGGUUUGUCACGAAAAUUGAAGUUCCUCAGGGUUUUUUCCCAUAUGAUGCAUUGCUGAGAAGUCCCAAAUCAGAAUGAAUCAAUUGUCAGGUGAUUUCUGGUUUAUUCAUUUCACGCCAUUCCAUGAUGAGAGAACCACUUUUUCUUUUUAAUUUUGAUAUUGAAGUAGUAUUACUGGUAUAUUAAGCAAUAGAUACAUUUUCGUUUGUUUUUUUCCAAUAUAUAGCCAUUCGGUCAUAAUAUGUCCCAAGCUGAUAUUUUGCACGAAAAUACAAUUCUCCAUGCACGAUCCAUUGUAUUCCCUUCCACUACAAAAGUUAGCGAUGGCGCAAAAGAAUUUAUUCGAAAGUGUUGUACGUAUAGAAAAGAUCUCCGACCGGAUGUCUUUCAACUUAGCAACGAUGAUUAUCUUAAGCCUAAAGCUCAACUCAAACAUUAUCUCGAUACAUCUACACUCCCUGGUCCUGUCGGUGUCCCACUAAAUAUGGCUACUCCCCCGCCUUCAACUUGUAUUGAUCCCUCUAUCCCCACUCCUGGUAGCAACCAGUGUAUAAUAUCUGGAUUUCCAACAAACAAUCCUGGAAAUUGCGCUGCCCAACCUCACCCACAACAUAUCCUUCAACAUCAACAGCAGGCCACAUCUUUCUCCGUGCUACAGAAUCAGGAAGCUACUCCAUCAUCACAGCCUUCAACCUUGCCACCACCAAAUCAGACAGAUUUUAUAACAAGACGUUGUAUUAGUUAAGCAAUAACUGAACAUUAUAAAGCGAAUAUUACACUUCAUCUUUGUUUAACUAAUACAACGUCUUACCAUAAAAGUUUUCUGAUUUGUGAGAAUAUCGAGUCAUUUCAUCGCAAUAUUAGCGAUCAGCGAUGCUGCUCCUUGCAAUAGUUUAGACUAUGAUCAUUGCUCUCUGUCUCUCUGUGUGUAUUGUCAAUUUCUUUUCAAUGUUGAAGCGUAAUAGUCUUUCAUAUUCCCAAUAGGAAAGAUUAUGCUGGAAAUCUUAGUAGAAUAAACCGCUUUUGUCUCUAACUUAUGCGUGAUGUUUCAAUAGUAUUUGAAAUGAAGUUUCAUAAUAAUAUCUAUGUUCGAUACCAUAUGUUUGAUUAUAACAAGUAAUUCCAAGCACAAGAUCUACAAUAUCUCUACAACUUCCCGUAUUAUAUUCAUUCAACUUGUAAAUAAAAAAAAUUUGUAUUAAAAAAUUUUAAACACU